AUGAACGACUACCCGCUGAAGGAGAUGUCUGACACUCACAGCAGCCCUCUGCUGGGAGAGCCUCUUUCCAGCAGAUACAAACUCUACGAGUCAGAGUUUACCAGCACUAGCUGUCCCUCAAGCCCCCAGGAUACACACCCAGCCCUGCCCCUCCUGGAAAUGCCUGAAGAAAAGAAUCUCCGACCAUCCAAUGAAGAUAGCCACAUUGUGAAAAUUGAAAAAUCCAAUGAAAAGAACAAAAGGAGAGAAAGAGAGGCAGCCGAUCGGGGCUUUGCAGGCCAGGAGGGCAUCAGCCUCUUCCAAGCAGUGGGCUGCAUCACUGGUGAGAUGAAGGAGUACAGGAGCUGGCUGAAAGAUAAGUCCUUGGCCCUCCAGUUUGUAGACUGGGUCCUGAGGGGGACUGCUCAGGUGAUGUUGGUCAACAACCCUCUCAGCGGGCUCAUCAUCUUCAUUGGACUCCUGAUCCAGAAUCCCUGGUGGACGAUUGCUGGGUGUCUGGGGACCGUGGUCUCGACCUUAACUGCCCUCACCUUGAGCCAAGACAGGUCCGCGAUUGCCUCAGGACUCCAUGGGUACAACGGGAUGUUGGUAGGAAUGCUGAUAGCCGUGUUCUCCCAGAAGUUAGACUAUUACUGGUGGCUUCUGCUUCCUGUGACCUUCACAGCCAUGGCCUGUCCAGUUCUUUCCAGUGCCUUGAAUUCCAUCUUCAGCAAGUGGGACCUCCCGAUCUUCACGCUGCCCUUCAACCUUGCUCUGACUCUGUACCUGGCAGCCACAGGCCACUACAACCUCUUCUUCCCCACAACACUGGUGGAGCCUCCAUCUUCAGUGCCCAACAUCACCUGGACAGAGAUUGAGAUGCCCUUGCUGCUACAAGCCAUCCCCAUUGGGGUUGGCCAGGUGUACGGCUGCGACAAUCCCUGGACAGGCGGCUUGAUCCUGGUGGCUCUGUUUAUCUCCUCGCCACUCAUCUGUUUGCAUGCAGCCUUUGGCUCAAUCGUGGGAAUACUAGCAGCCCUGACAGUGGCCAUGCCCUUCGAGACGAUCUACAUGGGCCUCUGGAGCUACAACUGCGUCCUCUCCUGCAUUGCCAUCGGGGGCAUGUUCUACGCCCUCACCUGGCAGACCCACCUGCUGGCCCUCGUCUGUGCCCUGUUCUGUGCAUACAUGGGAGCAGCCUGCACCAACAUAAUGUCAGUGGUUGGCGUGCCACCAGGCACCUGGCCCUUCUGCCUCUCCACCCUCAUCUUCCUGCUCCUGACAACCAACAACCCCGACAUCUACAAGCUCCCACUCAGCAAAGUCACCUACCCAGAGGCCAACCGCAUCUACUACCUGACAGUGAAAAGCAGUGAAGAAGAGAAGUCCUCCAGCGGUGACUAACCAAGUCCAGGCAGAUGUGUUCUUUGCCUGGACCUGGUGUCUGCUCCCUGUGGUCUCAACUCUGGGUCAAUCAGCUGCAGCACUUACCUUCUUUGCCUCUCAUUGCACCUGUGUGGAACCAAACACACCUGUAACUCUCCUUCCCUCGUGCUGAUUUUCUCUCUCUGCCCAGACUGCCAUAACUAUCCAUUGUGCGACAUUAGAGGAAGUUGGUAAUGGGCUUGCUGGAGUUAGAAGUAAGGCAUGUGUUUUAAAUGUCAUCGACUUAAAACAAAACUAUUAUUUAUAUUUAGUUUUUUGGGAAGGUGAUUAAGAGAUGAUCUUCUUGGCUUGGUUAACUAAAUGAGAGAUGCUGUAAAAUUGAAUUUGCUGAGUGGUUCCUAGGCAGACAUGGAGGGGGUGAAAAUUCAGGGGACACAUGCAAAGAAUUGAAGGUGCCAUGCUGCACAGAGCUAGUGGCUGAUGGGCACAUAUAGCUUUACAUAAAAGAAAGGAAUUUCAUACUGAUAGAGUUUUAAAGUCAAAACAAGGACAAUUAGGACACUGAAAGUGUCUAAAUAGGGAGUCUUGAACAUUCAAUGGUAAGAGUACAGAGCAAAAUGAUAUUCCAUAGCAGGAAGGAAUUAAUUAAUUAGAACCCUAUAUAAGACUUUUAUCAUGAAAGAUAAGCAUUUCUCAGUGAAGGUCAAACCAGCAACUUUGAGCGGAGAUUUCAGUUGAGGAAAGUACCUGAGCUCAGUGUGUGAGAAGCUGGAGAAAUGUAUUUCAUUUUCCUACUUGCUUGUGGGCGUUGGAGGCCUUAUGAGGUCUGUGCUACUUCAAACAAAUGGUCAGCCCUCAUGCUGGAAGAACAAACAGUGACCCAUGAGUUUCAUAACUUGGGUUCCCAAGCAUGCUCAUUAGCUUGCUUUCAGCCUUGAGUUAUAUGUAGAUCAGGAAUCGGCCAGCUUUUUCUGGAAAGGCUCAAAUAGUAGGUAUUUUUGGCUCUGGAGGCCUUACAGUCUCUUUUGCAAAUACUCAACUCUGUCAUUGUAGUGACAGUAUGUAGAACUGACAGUAUCUGAAAAUAGCCUUAGACAGUAUGUAAAUGAAUGAGCGAGGCUGUGUUCCAAUAAGACUUUAUUAAACAAGCAGCAAGCUAGAUUUGGGCCACAAGCUAUAAUUUGCCAUUCCCUGAUACAGACAUCAAUAUAAUAACACUUAGGAGCUGGUGAUCAACCUAAUAACAGUUAGGAGCUGGUGGGCAAUGGGCAGGCCCAAAAGACACCCCCAGUUUCUUUACAACGAACAUAGCCACAAAGGCAUUUACAAGCUGGGGAUAGUGUGAAGAUUCUUAGGAAAGCAAGAGUAAUGUGACCCAAAUCAGGAAGAUCUGAUCUGAGGCUCUUCCGGAGAAUUGAAAGACCCAGUGAUGUGCACUAGGGGGCGCAGUUUUAAACCAGGCCCUCCUUCCACAUAAGCGUCUGGAAACCACUCCCAAGGUUCACCCUGCCCUGCCUCCUCACUCUGUUUUCCCGGCUGCCAGCAGGCACACCACCAAGGGAGAAAGAAAAAAUUAUGACCCUUCAGUGCAAGAGUUUACAGCAGGAAGAGCAGGGAGACCCAAAGAAUUUCAGGAUUGGAAGAGUACAAAGGCCAGGUGGUCCCGCCAUCCUAUGAUAAGUGAAUCAAUCUCUUGUAUGGAGGAUGGGGGCUUCAGUUCCAUGACAGGCUUACAGAUGGGGCUCAAUUACCCAAAAUGGAGGGGAGACCCCAAGGUAUUAACAAGAGAUAACAGAACCAGAGAUAACCCCGUUCAUUCCUUAUGGGCAAAUGGCCCUAGGAAGUCCCCUCUCCUCUCCAUUAGCCCUUGAGAAUCUCCACCCAAGAAUUGGAUCUGGUGGGAACUAUCUUCUAGCCAUGCUUUGUAUUGAAUUUCCAGGAGAGGAGAACUAUUUGGAUUUGAAAAAUCCUUUCAGCUCACCUAGACAAGAUUCUCUCUCCCCAUCUCUUCUCUUCCCACCCUACUUCAUAGUUUGUCAUUUACCAGGAACCACUUUGGUUACAGGUAUCUGGGGGUUUUUUUUCCCUCCCAAGCUCCCACUUUAAUCCCCAUAGAAAUUAGAAGUUAACUGUAUUACAAGCUGCCAAACUCGUUUGAAGACCAAUGGAUAAAAUCUAAGUUAUUCAGAAAACAGAAAAAAUACAUCCAGCAACUCUGGAAAAACUACAGGGCUCCAGAAACUCUAUAAUACACUGUGAUCAAGAUGGCCAGAUAUUUAUGUACAAAUAGGAAAACAAAUGAUCUACUAGUGUGGUAUAAGAAAGAACUGCCUGGAUGAAAUACUGUUAAUCACUGAAUUAUCUUGGCAACAGAAGUCAUAUAGGAGCGAUGAAAUGUUUAAAAAUACAUCUUUUUAGGCUCAGAGGCAGAAAAUCAAUGGUGUUUCCCAAAUGUGGUCAAACAAGCUCCUCCUGGAGGUAGAACAUAUCUAAUUAAGCCAGGCUGGUGGACAGAUGUGUCUUUCUUGUGGGCAUGGGUAAGGCUGGGACAGAAAUGAAAAUCCCCACCCCUCUAAGAAAAGUCUGCCCAGUGCAGAUCACCCUGCCCACAGGUCAUGGACGGAUGCCCAGAGGGCCUGUGAAGUAGCCCAGAUAGUCUUAUGGGACUGGAGAGCUCCCUGGAGUGAUCUUGACACACCUUUACCAGCACCUCCCCAUCCCACUGACCCCCUGAAUGAGUAGAGGCAGGAGCCCUAAACUUACAGAUCCUCACCACCAACAUGAGGUCGCAUGGGAGCAGGGCACCAGGAGGGAAGAAGGACUUUGGGGCCCACAUUCAUCUGUUUUUCUACUAUCACCCCAAACUACAGGCAGCUCUUAGUUGUACAAAUGAUAGUUGAACAUAAAUAUUUACAGCUGAAUAUAAAUAAGCAGUCAUUAAGGAAAGUAGGAAUAUAAGUGUGGGGUUGGCGAGGAGGGGGCUCCAGAAAGGAAGUGCUAUCUUAAACCCUGUCCCUAUCACGCCUCCCCUCUCCCUCUCUCCACU